AUGGAUACUGCUCAAACUGAUUCCGUUACGAUUGAUGACCGUGGUGAAGUAUCAUUUAGUUUUGAUGGAAAAGAUGUUUCCGUUAGUCUUUACGAAACUCCAGAUCUUACUGAAGAAGAAGCGUUGCAAAUUGUAGAAAUGUAUGCUGAUCAACUAUCUGAACACAUAUCAGAACAUAAUGUUGUAGAACUACCACCAAUGCGUUUUGUAAAAGAAACUUCUACUUCUGGUAAUUUAUUGAUGGAAGCUGUAGUAAUAGAUGUUUCACCAGAUUACUUUGUUAGUCUUGAAGAAGGGGAUGAUUUACGUACAGAAGCUGAUAUUGAAGAUAUAUCAAUGAUUGAAGGAACUUCUUUAUCGUCUCCACAACUUACAGAAUUAUCGGAUGAUAGUAAAAUACCAACGCGACCUGCAAGACGGAAGUCCAGUAGCGUUUCAUCAAAAAUAUUUGAAACUCAAGAAUCAGAAAGUUAUCACAGUGCGAAUGAACCUGUUGUAUUACUGGACCAAGAUAUUGACGAUUUCGAUAUGGAUAUAGAUAUUGAUAGUGAAGCAUUUGUAGAUGCUAUUUCAUCGGCUCGGACGAAGUAUGAAAGUAUGGCAGUAGAUGAAAAAAUGCGAAAAGAAAUGCGUAAAAGGAGUAUAAGUGGAGGUUCUAGUCUUGAAAAUGGAGAUUCAUCCCUAGAUUCGGCUUCUGGGAUUCUAAAAAAGAAACAUAAAGGAGAAAAGAAGUUAAAGAAACAACAAUUAGGUGAAAAAGAAAGUUCUGAAGAGUCUACUUCGGCAGGUAAAGAUGAGUAUCAACAUAAAGAUCUUUUAGAAAAUAAAGUUUCUUUUAUGAAUGACGAAGAACAAGAAGUCGAACGACCAUCUUCGCGAACAAAUAAGGAGAGACUUGUUCAUUUGUUGCGUCAAAUUGCCGAUCCUGUAUUGAUUCUUAGAGAAGCUUUAAUAGAUUCCGAUUUCCUUUUGGAGGACGACAAAUUGAUUGAUAUAUUUGUGACGGAUAACGUAAUAAAUCCGAUACAAAAUCUUUGUGAACUUAUAGCUGCUAUUGAAGAAAAAGCUUUGAAGAGCGCUGGCGACAGAUCAUUGAUUCAAACUGUACGUAUUUCGAUACUUGAAACUAUCGGUGGUCCUACUGAAGAACUGUUAAGAGGAUUGGAAUUAUUGCGAAGACAAGAAAAUGAUGGUACAAUCCAUUUGAAUCUGUCAAUCCUCGAGUCUUUAGUAGAUCCUGUCGAUGAGAUUCUAUUUGGGUUAGCUAAAUUGGAAAAUGAAUUGUCAGGACGCAAUACGAGUGAAAGUCCUGUUGUCUUGGAAAGAGCUAUUCGAACUACUGAUAGACUUGGUAAAACAUUAAAAGAAAUAAAUGUAGACGUAGAUUCUACAAUGCUCACAGCACUGAAUACAAUUUAUCGAACGUUGGGCGCAUAUUUGAGUGAAAUACCUUUGAAUCAAUUUGGAGGAUGGACCGAAAAUAUAGAUGCAGUACUAGUAGAAUCACUCGCACGUCCUUUAGAGGAUUUACAGCGGUCUUCAAAAUAUGCCAUUUGUGGAGAAAUUUCCAAAGAUAGUCCUGAGAUAACGUUAAAAAUGUCAGAUGCAUUUAAUGAAAUUCUUUCACGUCUAGAUGCACUUGUUGUUGCAUUGGAAGGAUAUGAAAGCGACCCUAGAACCACAUUUGUAGUGAAUUUAAAAACUUCACUAGUAACUGCAGCAGAAGAAUUGAAUAAAUUUGAAGCUGAAAGAUCUGAAAGUAUUGAGGAACCAAUUAGUUUUCCUGAAGUCAUUCUUGACAAUCUCAUUGACACACAGUCAGCUGUUAAUACUGUCUUGCAUGAGGUUGAAGCAGUUGUGGAAGAAACGCAAGCGAAACUUCCGCAAACUUCUGAACUAGCAUCGUGUCUUGCAGAACUACGGGAAGCUGUUUCAUAUGCAGUUCAUAAAGCCACUACACUGAGAAAAGAUGACGCGAUGGUAGCUUUAAUAAAAUUAAAAGUUCCAUUGACUAAUUUACAACUGUUUCUUACUGCUGAUCAAAUACCUGAAGAGGUGCCAAUAAUUAAAAAUAUUAUGAACCCUCUUAAUUCUAUAGAAAGUGUUUUACAAUCUGUUGUGCAAUACGUUGAGAGAACCGAAUCGCAUGACGAAUUCAUAGAUUUGAUGAAGCCUAUUUAUACAAUUGUUGAAGAAUUAAAGCAACAAAUCCCAGUUAUUGUAAAUGAACUAGAAAAAAAUGAACAAAAAGAUGUUUUCCAUGAAAUUACCGAUAAUAAUUCUAUAAGUUCUAUGCAACAGAUGAUUAAUAGCUUACAAAUGGCUUCUGAAUUGAGUACAGUGUAUUUUGAGCUUGCUAAUAUUUUAGAAAAAUCUCAAAAUAUUGCAGAUAUUAAAACAUCUAUAUUUGAUAAAAUUAGUGAAGUGACUCAAAGCAUUGGAAACACUACUGUAUCAAUAGAUAAAAUAUCGUCAAGUAUUAAUCCGAACGUUGAAGAACUUAUAGAAGAGUUAUUAAAUUUAAAAGUACCAUUACUCAAAUUACAAAAUGCUUUGUUGACUGAAGAUAGUACAUUGGACGAACAAAAAAUUAUAGCUGAAUUAUUGAAACCAUUAGAAAGAUUAGAAACCGUCGUAACUAAUUUUGAACAAGAAAUAGUCCAAUCAGAAGCUUUAAAUUCAGUCAUCAAUUUAGUAGAAGAUAUAAAAGCACAUAUAAAUCUCCAUCCUAAAAUUUCUACUCACAGUCCUACUGAAGAAAUUUUCGACAUCCAAUCUGAAAGCUAUGUUUCUGUUGACUUUAAACCAGAAUAUUCGGAAAAGGAAGUUAAACUAAAAGAUGUGAAGAGUACUCCCAUUUCUGAAAAAGCACUGGUAACCGCUUCUGAUUCUUUGCUUUACAAGAUACAAUCUGAAGAUUCAUCCAGUUUAGAACAAUUUCAAGCUUCUAAAAUAACUAAAGAAACUGCCCAAGAAUUAGUCCAUUCCGAUAUUUCUACUGAUUCGCUACUGGAUAGGGAGUCUGAAUUGUCUAUGGAUUCGCCCGAUCAAAUUCGUAGAAAAUUUGAGAAAAUCCAUGAUAAACAUGUAAUAUACCCAAAAGAAGAAUUUGCGUUUACAAUAUCUAAAUCUCUUGAACAAAUUCAAGAAGAUAUUUUAGGGAUUUUAGAAGAAUUUGAGCAGGAAUCUGUAACCAUGCCUCAGCCUGUUUCUCGACUGGCGGAAGCUCUUGAACAUUUAAGGAGAACAAUUGGUACAGUUCAUUCUAAUGUUUUGCAAAUUGCUGUUGAGACAUCGGGUGUAACUGUUGAGUUAUCCCAAGGAGAACUUAAUGAGAGCUCAGAAAGAAUUUCCUUGUCAUUAAAAGAAUUAUUACAGCCAAUACUAGAAGUUCGGGAAGCUUUAAUUCAAACGCAAGACCAUAGAGCUCCGGAACUACUUCUUUUAUAUCGCUUAGAUCAACCAAUUCGUGCGAUUGAAUUUAAUGUUUUACAUCUUGCAUUAGAAGCUCACUCGUAUACUAUAGAAAGUGAAGAAACAUCAAGUAGAGCAAGUUUGGAUGCGAUGGCUCGUGCUCUAGAAGACAUAGAAUCUCAAAUACCUGUGGCUUUAGAUGAAGUUAAUUUACGUCAAGAAAUGUUAACUACUCUGAGCAGUGUUUCGAAGCCACUUGAAAUUAUUAGAGAAAGAAUGAUUGAAAUAUCAAACGAUAAAUUGAACGAAGAUAAUUUAGAACGUGAUAUUGUAAAUAUACUUGAUGAACCUAUUAAUAAGUUUACGAACGCUUUGAAUGAAUUAUUUAACCGAUUGAACUCUAUUGAGCCUUAUGAUGACCGAGAUAGAGAAUGUAUUUUGAAUCUAAAAUAUUUGGUUGAACCAUUAUUAGAAUUACAAAGUUCAAUAUCGGUUGUAAGAAGUUGCAGAAGAACUUCAAUCACGGAAGCGGGAUUGUUUGAUGAAAGAAAAAAUGUUAUUUUACGAGCUAUGGAAGAAGUACGAUUAGGUAUCGAUGCUAUUAAUAGCAAAGUAUGCGAAACUAAUCAUUUGAGUUCAUCAGAAAAAUUGAUAUUAUCUUCAAUAAAUGUAUUACACACAGCAAUCGUUUCUGUCCAAAAUCAAAUUAGCAAAGCCAGUCAGCCACGUAGAAACAGUUGUUUGAAAUCUUUACAAGAAAGGACGAUUCACCCAUUGCAACAUCUUGAACAAAAAAUUACAAUGAUCGAAGAACAAAUGGACAAUUCAACAUUAAAUUUCAUUUUGGAGCCUUUAGAAACGUUUCAAAAGCAAAUUCAUUUAUCUCAAACUCAAACGUCUGAUCAAAUUAUGGAUGAAGAAGCAAUAAUUGAAGGAUUUCUGUAUCCUGCAAAGCAUUUAUUGUCAUCAUUAGAAGCCGUAAAAGAAAACAAUAGUUUUAUUAUCCAAGAUAGUGCCAAAAUACUUUUGCAAGAACUUGGAGAAUGUACUUCAAAUCUUAGUUCGACUUUUUCAGUACUACAGAAAGAAUUAAUACAGGAAGGGGCUGAUGAAAAUGCGUCCGUUAUUGAAACUUUGACAGCAGUUUCUAUGCCUCUCAGUAAUAUUAACCAAUUAAUAACUGAAAUAUCAAACAAUUCUAACAAAAAAGUAUCCACGGUGAAACAGAUUCAAACAAUUGAGUCUGGAGAAAGUUCGGAUAGACAGCUUCAUCAAACAGGGGAAAAAGAAGUCAACAAAGGGAAAGACGAUUAUGAACAAAAAAAAGAAGGUGAAAAAGUACCAACCGUACUAACAACUGUGGAAACAAUAGUGGAUGAAUUUAUUGAAGUAUCUAAACGAGAAACUGAGAAGCUGAAAGAGCGUUUGAGCUUGAUAAUAGAGGAGAAACCUGUAUAUGAAUCAGAAAUUAUUCAAUUACAAGCUGACAUAUCUAGUACAUUGGAAUAUGAUCAAAAUGAUGAGUACGAUAAAGAAUACAUUCCUUUUCAAAAUGUAGUAGUAAGCAAAGAGAUUGUAUUUACAAAGGAAAACGUUGAAAAAAUUUCAGCAGAAACGCAGAAACAAGAAAUACACAAUAUUGUAUCUCCAAUGUCAGAAAUGAAUCAGAAUAAAUCAGAGGUACUGCAGAAGAAGAUAUCUGAAUAUGAAGAUGAAGAGGAAAGAAUUAAGGAAAAUAUAGAUAAUAUACUUUCAGAAAAAGAUGCAUUUGUAGAGGACAUAAUGACGGGAAAUAUUGUAGAAAAUAUCGAUCAAAAAACAAUAACUUGUUUAAAAAUGGCUUCUGAAUUGAGCACAGUGCAUUUUGAAUUUGCUACUAUUUUAGAAAAAUUUGCAGCAAUUUCGAGUUUAGAAACAUCUCCUAUAUUUGCUAAAAUUAGUCAAGUGAGACAAAGUAUUGGAAAUGCUGCUGUAUCAGUAGACAAAAUAUCGUCAAGCGCUAAUCCAAAUGGUGAAGACUUCUUAGAAGAGUUAUUGGAUUUAAAAGUACCAUUACUUAAAUUACAAAAUGCUUUAUUGAUUGAAGAUAGUACAUUGGAUGAACAAAAAAUUAUUGUUGAAUUACUGCAACCCCUAGAAAGAUUGGAAGGUGUCAUAAUUAACUUUGCAGAAGAAAUAGUUCAAUCGGAAGCCAUAGAUUCAAUCAUGAAUUUAGUAGAAGAUAUAAAAAAAGAUAUCGUUCUUCACAUUCGAAUUCCUGCUCAUAAUGUUAUUGACAAGGAAUUUCAGUUACCAGAAUAUGAAGAUGAAGUAAUAGCAGAAAAUAUUGAACAAAAUAUCGAUAAAGAUGGAAAAGCACAAGAAUUAUUUGAAGCAUUGUUAAUCGAAAAUGUUCAAACUCCACAAUUUGAAACUGUAGCUAAAACAGAAACAAAAAUGGAGCAAACCACAGUACUUGAGGACAUAGAUGAGUCUGAUCUUAUUGUAGGAAAAGAUAUAACAAAUAUAUUGGAUAAUACAAAUGUAGUGAUGAAAGUAGGAAAAGAACAAUUAAGUGCUGUAUCAACGAUAUCGUCAGAUACUGAAGUCAUGCAGGUGGCCUUUGAUUUGAUUUCAAGAAAAGAGGCAGAAAUUGUUGAGCACAUAUCAGAUUUUGAUAAUCAAGUCAAAUCUAUAGUAGAAGAGCUAGACGUAAGAAGUGCUUUAGAAUUGGAGGAAGAAACUGCAAUUCGAAGAAAAUCAAAUAUUGUAGAAGAGCAAAAAGAUGUAACCGAGGAAUCUCUACAUGUCCAAAAAGUUUCGAAACAAUGUGAAAUCGAAGAAGAAAGUAUAUUUACAAUGGAACAUGGUAAGAAUUUUGCAGCCGAUAUAAUAAAACAAGAAGCACAAAUUGUAUCGUUAACAAUAUUAGAAGGAAGCGAAUCAGAAGUAAUAGAAAAGCAGUUAUCUGAAUAUAAAGAUGCUCUGAAUUUAGCAAAUGAAGAAAUAAAGGAAAAUAUAGAAGAGACGUCUUUAAAAGAACAUGUAUUUGUAGAUGAAAUAAUGGAAGAAAAUAAUGUCCAGGAUAUGAACCAAGAUAAAAAAGUGUUUCAAAUUGGUCAGCAAAUGAUAGAAGAACCGUUAAUUGAAAAAAUUGAAACCACACAAAUUGAAACAAUGAUUGCACCAGACACAGAGAUAGAUGAAAUAAUAACCAUCAAAGGCUCUGAGUUAUUAGCAGAAGAUUUAACCAGUGAAUCAGAAAAAGCAAAUGUAAUGAUGCAAUCGGGACUAAAUAUUGCAUCGAUAACGCAAAAUAUCGAUACCGACGUGAUACAGAAAGUCACUGAUUCGACUUCAAAAGAAGUGGUAGAAACUGUUGAGCACAUGACAGAUUUUGAUAAUCAAAUCGCACCUGUAGUAGAAGAGACAGACGUUAGAACUGCCACAGAAUUGGAGAAAAAUAUUACAUUUCGAAGGAAAUCGAACUUUACAGAAGAACAAAAAGCUGUAAUUGAGGAAUUUCCGCUUGUACAAAACGCUUCAAAAAGUUAUGCACCACUGAUUGAAGAAGAAAUUUCUACCGAUAUAGAAAAAGAAGAUAGGAAGCUUGAAAAAGAUGAAAUACAGUUGAAUAAAGAAGAGCAAUUAUACAAAGAUAAAGAAAGGAAGGAUGAAAAUAUAUCACGAAAUGUAGGCAAAGAGGAAGAUAAGUUAAGUAGGGAUAUAGAGAAAACAGACAAGUCGUGGGAAGAAGAUAAGAAAAUUAUGCAAAUUGAAAAUACAGAGAAAUUAAAAGAAGAAGCAGACAGCAAAAAAUCUGAAGAAUCGGAUAAAUUAAGAAAAAAAGAAGAGAAGUAUGAAACAGAUGGGAAGAAAGAGAAAUUGAAGAAAGAAGAAAAACAAUGCCUUAAGUCUGAGGAAGAACAGCUAUUGGGAGAAAAAGAAGAGUAUAAAAUAAUAGAGGAGAAAAAGAAAUUCAAACUAAAAGGAUUCGAUAAGACAGAGGAAGAAGAUGAAUUCAAAGAAAAAAAAGAACAAAAAAUAACGGAGGAAACGAAACUAUUCAAAGAAGAAAAAUACGAAAAAGCCGAAGAAUCAGAGAGAUUAAAGAAAAAAGAAGAAAGUGAAAAUGCCGAGGAACUAAAGAGAUUAAGGAAAGAAGAGCAACGAAUGAAAAAAGAAGGAAAUAUAAAGACAGUAGAGGAUGAUGGAUUCAGAAAAGAUGAAGAUGAGCAUGAUAAAAUGGAGGAAGCAGAACAAGCAAACAAAGAAAAAGAUGAAUUUAUACAAGCGGAAGAAGCAGAAAGUUUGAGAAAUGAAAAAGAUGAGCAUAAGAAAGUGGAGGAAUCAAAUAGGUUGAGAAAAGAGGAUGAGAGUAAGAAAGCGGAGGAGAUUGAAAGACUGAGAAAAGAAGAAGAACGUAAAAAAUUAGAGGAAGAGGAAAGAUUGAAGAAAGAAGAAGAAGACAAUAAAAAAAUGGAGGAGGCGGAGCGAGCAAGGAAAGAAGAGGACCGUAAGAAAGCGGAAGAGGAAGAGCUAGCAAGCAAAGAACAGGAUCAAGGAAAAGCGGAAGAAGGAAGGUUAAUAAAAGAGGAAGAACGCAAAAGGUUAGAGGAAGAAGAAAGAUUGGAAAAAGAAGAAGAGGAUCGUACGAAAGCGGAAGAAGCAGGAAGGUUGAGAAAAGAGGAAGAACGCAAAAAGUUGGAAGAAGAAGAAAGAUUAAAGAAAGAAGAAGAGGACCGCGAGAAAGCGGAGGAGGUUGAAAGGUUGAGAAAAGAGGAAGAACGCAUAAAGUUAGAGAAAGAAGAAAGAUUGAAGAAAGAAGAAGAGGACCGUGAAAAAGCGGAGGAGUUUGAACGGUUUAGAAAAGAGGAAGAACGCAAAAAGUUGAAGGAAGAAGAAAGAUUAAAGAAAGAAGAAAAGGAUCGUCUAAAAGCGGAGGAGGUUGAAAGGUUGAGAAAAGAGGAAGAACACAAAAAGUUGGAAGAAGAAGAAAGAUUGGAAAAAGAAGAAGAGGAUCGUACGAAAGCGGAAGAAGCAGAAAGGUUGAGAAAAGAGGAAGAACGCAAAAAGUUGGAAGAAGAAGAAAGAUUAAAGAAAGAAGAAGAGGACCGUGAGAAAACGGAGGAGGUUGAAAGGUUGAGAAAAGAGGAAGAACGCAUAAAGUUGGAGGAAGAAGAAAGAUUAAAGAAAGAAGAAGAGGAUCGUCUAAAAGCGGAGGAGGUUGAAAGGUUGAGAAAAGAGGAAGAACGCAUAAAGUUGGAGGAAGAAGAAAGAUUAAAGAAAGAAGAAGAGGAUCGUCUAAAAGCGGAGGAGGUUGAAAGGUUGAGAAAAGAGGAAGAACGCAUAAAGUUGGAGGAAGAAGAAAGAUUAAAGAAAGAAGAAAAGGAUCGUCUAAAAGCGGAGGAGGUUGAAAGGUUGAGAAAAGAGGAAGAACACAAAAAGUUGGAAGAAGAAGAAAGAUUGGAAAAAGAAGAAGAGGAUCGUACGAAAGCGGAAGAAGCAGAAAGGUUGAGAAAAGAGGAAGAACGCAAAAAGUUGGAAGAAGAAGAAAGAUUAAAGAAAGAAGAAGAGGACCGUGAGAAAACGGAGGAGGUUGAAAGGUUGAGAAAAGAGGAAGAACGCAAAAAGUUGGAAGAAGAAGAAAGAUUAAAGAAAGAAGAAGAGGACCGUGAGAGAACGGAGGAGGUUGAAAGGUUGAGAAAAGAGGAAGAACGCAAAAAGUUGGAGGAAGAAGAAAGAUUAAAGAAAGAAGAAGAGGACCGUGAGAAAGCAGAGGAGGUUGAAAGAUUAAGAAAAGAGGAAGAACGCAAAAAGUUGGAGGAGGAAGAAAGAGUAAAGAAAAUAGAAAGAUUAAAGAAAGAAGAAGAGGACCGCGAGAAAGCGGAAGAGGUUGAAAGGUUGAGAAAAGAGGAAGAAUGCAAAAAGUUGGAGGAAGAAGAGAGAUUAAAGAAAGAAGAAGAGGAUCGUCUAAAAGCGGAGGAGGUUGAAAGGUUGAGAAAAGAGGAAGAACGCAUAAAGUUGGAGGAAGAAGAAAGAUUAAAGAAAGAAGAAGAGGAUCGUCUAAAAGCGGAGGAGGUUGAAAGGUUGAGAAAAGAGGAAGAACGCAAAAAGUUGGAGGAAGAAGAGAGAUUAAAGAAAGAAGAAGAGGAUCGUACGAAAGCGAAAGAAGCAGAAAGUUUGAGAAAAGAGGAAGAACGCAUAAAGUUGGAGGAAGAAGAAAGAUUAAAGAAAGAAGAAGAGGAUCAUCUAAAAGCGGAGGAGGUUGAAAGGUUGAGAAAAGAGGAAGAACGCAAAAAGUUGGAAGAAGAAGAAAGAUUAAAGAAAGAAGAAGAGGACCGUGAGAGAACGGAGGAGGUUGAAAGGUUGAGAAAAGAGGAAGAACGCAAAAAGUUGGAGGAUGAAGAAAGAUUAAAGAAAGAAGAAGAGGACCGUGAGAAAGCAGAGGAGGUUGAAAGGUUAAGAAAAGAGGAAGAACGCAAAAAGUUGGAGGAGGAAGAAAGAGUAAAGAAAAUAGAAAGAUUAAAGAAAGAAGAAGAGGACCGCGAGAAAGCAGAAGAGGUUGAAAGGUUGAGAAAAGAGGAAGAACGCAAAAAGUUGGAGGAAGAAGAGAGAUUAAUGAAAGAAGAAGAGGACCGUGAGAAAGCAGAGGAGGUUGAAAGGUUAAGAAAAGAGGAAGAACGCAAAAAGUUGGCGGUAAAAGAAAGAUUGAAAAAAGAAGAAGAGGAUCGUAUAAAAGCGGAGGAGGCGGAACAAGCAAGAAAAGAAGAAGAGAACCUUAAGAAAGUGGAAGAAGCAGAGAGGUUGAGAAAAGAUAAAGAUGAGCGCAAGAAAACGGAGGAGUUAGAAAAAUUGAGAAAAGAAGAAGAGGAUCAUAAAAAAGCAGAGGAGGCAGAGCGAGUAAGGAAAGAAGAAGAGGACCGUAAGAUCGAAGAAGAAGCAAAAAAGUUAAGGAAAGAAGAAGAUGAUCGCAAGAAAACGGAAGAGUUAGAAAGGUUGAGAAAAGAAGAAAAACGUAAAAAUUUGGAGGAAGAAGAAAGAUUAAAGAAAGAAGAAGAGGAUCGCGAGAAAGCGGAGGAGGUUGAAAGAUUAAGAAAAGAGGAAGAACGCAAAAAGUUGGAGGAAGAAGAAAGAUUGAAACAAGAAGUAGAGGAUCGUAAGAUUGUAGAAGAAGCAGAACGAAUAAAGAAAGAUGAAGAGGACCGUAAAAUAGCAGGAGAAGCACGAAGGUUGCGAAAAGAAGUUGAGCGUAAGAAAGCGGAGGAGGCGGAGCAAUUGAGAAAAGAAGAUGAUCGCAAGAAAACGCAGGAGGCUGAGAGAUUAACACAAGAAGAAGAUAAGCGUAAGAUAGAAGAAGAUGCAGAGAAAUUGAAGAAGAAGAUGAAGAUAGAAGAGCGUAAGAAGCAAGAAGAAGCAUUGUGGAUUCGCAUUCGGAAGCCGUUAAAUAAAUUAGACGAUUCUAUUACAAAAUUUUUAUCCAACCCGUCUAUGGUGGAAGUAAUAUUAAAAUCUGAAAGUGUCUCAAGGGAUAAACAUGAAAUUUUACAGUGUUUGAAUGAUUUAAAAUCAUCAGUAUCGACUUUAAAAGAUAUCGAUAAUGAUAGUACCAAUUUCUUUAACGAACCGUGGCAAGUAAUAAGCCUGCCAGCUUUACAUAAUUUAGGUAAAACUUUUGGGUCUCUAGUUAAUAUGUUACCUUUAUUAGCAGAAAAAGGGAAUGUUUCUCAAACCACAGCUUCAGAAAUAUUGAAAUCCGAUGAAAAUACUGGGUUAAUAAAUGCUUUAAAAAUAUUAAUAAUACCGUUAGAGCAACUAAGCGAGUGCUUCAGUAUAAUAAUAGAAGAACAAAAAGAUUUCGAGAGACUUAACAAUAAAGAAAAAGGAACUAAAAUAAAAGAAGAAAAAGAUUUUGAUAAAAUUUACGAAGAACGAGAACCUCAAGAAAUCAAUAAAUCAGAAAAAAUUGAAAAACAAUGCAAUCGGGAGGAAAAAAUGGAGAAAUUGAAAAAAAAAAAAGAAUCUUUAAAAGAAAACCAAGAGCAAAUUCAAAAAGAAAAAGAUGUUUCAGAUUUAAAAGAAGUAAUCGAUCGUCAAAAAGGAGAAAUGCUUAAAAAUAUUGAUAAAGAACGGCAAGACAAUGUGGAAAAUAAAAUCCAAGAAUCUCAAAAUCAACAUGGUUUUAAGAAUAAUGAAUCCAAAAUAUCGUUGGAACAAAAUAGAGAAUCUAAGAAAAAGAAAGACACAAGAACUAAUGAAAAGAUAGAUAUCAAAGAUGCUAGGGAAGAAAGUACUAUAAAUACUGAUAAAAUAAAACAGAAAAAAAUAAUAAAAUUAGAAGAAGAUGAAGAUGGUUAUUCUAAAAAAUUAAAUGAUAUAUGUCGUCGAUCAAAUAGCUCUUUGAAACCGGAAGAAAAGAAAGAAAGUGACUCCAUUUCUUAUGGUAUUGCAGAACGUACUGUUCAGUCAAUCAACCGCAGUUCUAUAUUUGACAAAAGUUUUUCGAGCAGAGAAUACAGCACAUCUAGUUCCGAAUCGCUUUGUAAAAAACACUUUAUUGUAGACAAAGAUUGUUCCAUUAAACUGCAUUAUAAAAAACCUACACUACCAGAUAUCUCUAAAUCGAAGUUUGAUCCUGCUUUGGAACUAAGUCACUUUAGAUCUAAAAGAAAAACGAAAUCAAGUUCUAGAGAAGAUCUGUUACAUCGAGACUAUGAUCUAAAAUCAUCUCAUCCGUCACUAUAUGCCGGUACAAGCAUUCCAGACUUGACUGCAAUCAAGAAAAGUCCUUACAGUUUUGAUUAUGGUAAAAAAUACAGUACUCUUUCCACAUCUUGGUUAAAUUUAGAUAUAGAUUCUACAAAACGAAUUCGCGCACAGUCAUAUGAUGUUUUAAAGAAAGAAUUUGAUCACCCUACAUAUAAGCCUAAGUCAUUCCAAAGUAGCGAUUAUUCAAUGUCAGUAUCAGAUAGCUUGGCCCUUAGUAGGUCUCGUAGAAGAUUCGAAUCAAGAAAAGCUGCUAUUUAUAAUUGCGAUUCAGAAUCUAAAUUUUCAUCGCAAAAUAAAACUCUUGAUCGUGGCAGGGGUCCAAUAUUCUGUACUAGACUGACGAACUGUACUGUUGCUGAAGGAUCUCACGUGAGAUUAAUCUGUACAGCCGUUGGUCAACCGGAACCACAAGUUUAUUGGACAAAGAAUGGAGAUAGAGUGAGACAAAGUGGGCGAGAACGCAUAAGAUAUGAAAAUGGAAUGGCAACGUUAGAGAUUACAUCUGCUGAGCUUGAAGAUUCUGGAUAUUACACUUGUGUAGCAAAAAAUUCUUUCGGGCAGUCAACAACGGAAGCUACAGUAAGAGUUUAUUCAAUUUAUCAACCGUCAUCUUCGGGGCCAACAUUUACCUCUCCGAUAACUGAUAAAUACAAACGGUCUGACGGAGAGUUGGUUUUGGAAACUCGUGUACGAGGACAGCCUACGCCAACAGUGUCAUGGCUUAAAGACGAGCAACUUUUACGGGGUGAUCGGUAUAGGCAAUCGUUACCUGGUGACGGCUUUUACCGUCUGCAUAUUUCGGAUGUUGAUCCUUCAGAUAGUGGACAAUACGUUUGUAAAGCAACAAGCGAUUCGAGUACCGAUCGAAUUCGACAUACUGUUCACUUUGAUGAAUAUGAAACGCGAAAACCGCGACGACGAAAAGACGAAUACUAUUUCGAUACUCGAUACUACGGAAUAAGUAAAGAACAUGAUAAGCUUCCUCAAAUUUCGACUUCCCUUUCCGAUUAUAAGGUUCCUGCUGGUGGUACAAUUGCUUUACAAGUUGAAAUAAAGGAUACUCGCCCUUCAAGCGUAACAUGGCUGCGUGACAGAGGUGAAAAUAAAGAACCAGUUCUUCAUCCAAAAGUUAAAACUUUUGCUGAGUCUGGAGUUUAUACGCUAGUAGUACCUGAGGCAACUGAAUCCGAAGCUGGCACUUACGUCUGUCGCAUAAGCAAUGCCUAUGGACAUGUUGAUACCAGUGCAACUGUAGAGGUCAUUCCGUCUAGCAAGUUUGACGAUCACGGAAAACCAGCCAUGUUUGUCGCACGUCCUGUUGAGAAAUUUAUAAAUAUUAUGGAAGGAGAGACUGUAUCUGUGUCUUUUAGAAUUAGUGGAAUACCAAAGCCUAGAGUCGUAUGGAUGAAAGGUAUACGAGACAUAACAGAUGGACCACGAUCGCAUAAGGAAAUAAUCGACGACUACGUUAGAUUGUCAUUGAAUAGAGUGAAUCCGGAGGAUGAAGGAACCUAUUGUAUUCUUGUAAAAAAUUUAUAUGGCUGUGAUAGAACUUUCUUCACAAUUAAGGUAAAGCAAAGAGCAAGAUCAUUGACACCAACGGCGGAAAGGUUAAGUUUGUCGGAUCGUCUUUCUGACAUACACAUAAAGGAGCAAGAGUCGUAUCUUAAAAACGUACCGGGACCAAUUAGCAGUGAGCCAAUCGUGGUGGACGGUGGAAGAAAUUGGCUUUCGCUCACCUGGGGAAAAGCAGAUCAGCGUGGGCCAGCUCCAGUCAUUGCGUACCGAGUUGACGCCUGGCAGAUGGGAGGCGACGGCGGCGCUAGAUGGUCUGAGCUUGGUAUUACGCCAAUCAAUUCAUUCGACGCAUUCAACCUUCGACCUGGCGGCGAGUACAAAUUUCGCGUCACGCCACGGAAUCGUUACGGAUGGGGCGAGUCUGUUACAAUGAAAGGCUCGGCCACUGUAAGCAGUGAUGUUGAAAUUCCUGAAUUCACGAGAAUUCUUCCCGGACAGUUAAAGGCGCUUGCGGGUUCUACAGUCAAAUUAGAAUGCGAAAUUCGAAGCGAAUCGAAAUUCGAUGUGAAAUGGUUUAAAGAAACAUUGGAAAUCGAUAGGACGGUAAAUCCUAGAUAUGUUAUUAAAAAUGAACGACGACUGUGUUCACUCAUUAUGGACAAUAUCAGCGAAAACGAUUCUGGCAGAUACGUUUGCGAAGUUUCUAAUAAAGCUGGCAAGGUGUCGUCGUACGGGCGAGUGUUAGUUGUAUAUGACCCGAAAAUUUUGAGUGCCGACUCUCGUCUCAAGAAAAGGUUCCUCGAUGGUUUAACCGAAGACGGCCCACCACAAUUUACAAUGAGGUUGCGUGACAGAAGAGUUCAAACUUCUUAUCCGGUCAGGUUAACAUGUCAAGUUUAUGGAUGUCCCGAACCAGAUGUAACGUGGUAUAAAAAUGGGAAUGUAGUAAUUGAUACUUCAACUCGGUCGAUCUACGUGGAUGAAUCGCACUUCCAUACACUGGAGAUUGCGCGUUCUAGUCUCGAUGAUUCCGGUCGAUAUACGGCUUGCGCCAGAAACGUCAACGGCUCAGUAUCUUGCCACUGUGUUUUGGUGGUCGACAAAGGAAUCCGGGCUUACAUAGCACCGGAAUUCCUGUACGGAUUGGAUGUUGCUUACGCGGUUAAAGUGGGUGGUGAGCUACGACUCUGCGCACAAAUCGAAGCUUAUCCCAGCGUCGGCAUCGUUUGGCACCGAGAUGGAAUACGAUUGCGGCCAAGCAGAAGAGCAGUAAUGGCGCUAAGUCACGACGGUACAGUUGAACUGGUACUUGCCGGAGUAACGAGCAGAGAUGCGGGCGUUUACACGUGUACAGCGACCAACGAAGUUGGCAGGGCUGAAACGACUACGAGAAUAUCCAUAAUUGGCACUGAUAACAGCUUGGCUACCUCGACCGACGACUUUAAACCUCAUGUCGUCGUUAAUCCUCCUGAUGCUGAUGUUCCAUACUCUCGAGUACCACUAUUUGUUACGAAGCCCUUAUCAACAGAGGCACAGGAAGGCGAUACUGUGAUAAUUCAGUGCGAGGUCGUGGGCGACCCAAAACCCGAGGUCGUAUGGUUGCGCGACUUUCUGAAGCCUGACUAUUACCGGGACGCGCUACACUUUAGGCGCAUCGGUGCAGGUCCGCAGUAUACCUUGGAAAUUCCUCAUGCGAAGCUCGACUUCACGGGUACGUAUUCGGUGCUCGCGAGGAACGAGCAUGGCGAGACGAAGGCCGUGAUAUCAUUGCAGAUUUACGCCAAAGGUCAGGGAAAGAGUGACAGCAUGGACAGCAGCGUAAGGCAAGGUAACGUCAUAAGCGUUCCGAUAAUCAAAAAGGAACUCAAGGAUAUCCGAUGCUGCGAUGGAGAUGCGGUCACUCUCGAAUGUCAAGUUUACGCACCAACUGAACCACCUAAUAUUCGAUGGGAAAAGUCUGGCAAGCCUCUGCUUUUGGACGGCGACUUUUCGUCGGACUUCGAUGGGGAAAUUGCGAGUCUCACGAUUCGGCACGUUUAUCCAGAAGACGAGGGAGAAUACACGUGUGUGGCUACGAACGAAUUGGGCAAAGCAUUCACUUCUGCCUGCUUGGUCGUCGAUGUUCCCGAAGGCAAAGAAAAUGUCCUUAGUCAGCCGCUUCUUACUAGGCCUCAAGGGCUUUUGUCUGCUAAUUCAACGCCGAGAUCGACACCCAGAUCUACGCCUGUCAGAAGCUUAUCUCCGAAUGUUUCACGCGGUCGCGAGUUGAAGGCGAUAAAUCUACCUAGAAGAAUCGACUCGCCUGGUAGUUUACGUCCUCGAAAGCCGAAGCUCUGUCCGCCAAAAUUUUACACGAUACCACACAACCGCGUAGCUGAAGAAGGUGAAACAAUCCGUUUCCAGUGCGCUGUAACUGGCCAUCCAUUACCAUGGUGUACUUGGGAUAAGGACGGAACUCCGGUCACAUCUACUGCUCGCAUUACUGUCAAGGAAAAGGACGAUGUGCGUAUCCUUGAAAUUGCUGAAGUCACUCUAGAAGAUGCGGGUCUCUACAGGGUGACUCUGGAAAAUGACGUGGGCAGAACUGAGGCAACAGCACGAUUGGAGAUCAUCAAUAAAAGCUCGUUAAUUGCACAAUCUAUUCGAACGAGAAGUGCAUCCCCUAGGACGUAUCCGACAUUCAGUAGAGGUCUUUUAGGAACGACUACAAGAUUGAAUGGUCGUUUACAACUCCAAUGCGAUAUUCGUGGCUCUCCAAGUCCAAGUACAGCUUGGUACAGAAAUGGAAGCAGAAUAGAGCGCUCAUCUAGGAUAAAAAGAUCCUAUGUUGGUGAAAGGGCCGUUCUCGAGAUAUCAGACGUCAAACAUAGCGAUGCUGGCGAGUAUAUGUGCGAGGCAAAAAAUUUACUCGGCACGGCUAGAAGCAGUUGCAAGGUAGUAGUACUUGACAUUGACGACCCAUCGACAAAAGAUCGUGAUCCGCCAAAAUUUUUGCAAGUGUUGCCGAGUAAUUCAAUCGUAAUGGAAGGUCACUCUUAUGAGUUGCAAGCUCGACUAUCAGGCACAGCACCUUUCACGGUCACAUGGUUAAAGGACGGUCACGAUGUUAUCGACAGUGAUUACUAUCGACACGUAGUUUACGAGGACGGUGGUGUAGCCCUCCGAUUUCUCAACAUUCACCCCCUUGAUGCUGGUGAUUACACGUGCAUUGUUAGGAACGACCAUGGCGAAGCGUCCUGCCGUGGUCUUUUUGUCGUUCAAGAUUACAAAAGCGUGUCGUCAAAGUCACUGCUGAGUUUUGCGAAAAUUCCGGUGCCAGUGUGCGCGGUGAAAGGCGAAACUGCCUGCUUCUGCGCGCGAGUUCAAAGCGAUCGUUCGGUCGAUAUCGAUUGGACUGUCAAUGGAAAAAGCGUCAGGGAAGAUUACAGGUGUAAGAUCGAAAGAAACGGAUCAACAAGUAUCCUGAGGAUACCCCACGUCACGCAACGGGACUGUGGCGAAGUUCGUUGCAUAGCUUCGAUCACCAAGGGUCCUUCGAUCAGUUCGAGUACACAGCUGCGUCUUCGAUCGCUCUCGCCUGCCAAAUCAUCGCCAUCGAAGGACACCUCGCGUCGAAAGCCAAAUGGCUUGUCUACGCCGAAUUUGCAGGUGGACAAGAGUCAGGCCGACGCUAACAAAAGGGCGUCGAGUUUCACGCGCUUGACUGUGAAGGCGCGAGAUUCGUCGACGGAGAGCUUGCGAGAGAAAUCGCCGUCCACCAAGAGAGUCGCCAAUAGGCAAAAACGCUCGAGAUCACCCGACAAGGUUAUUAAACGAAACGGCUAUUCGAAGCAACAAAUUGCUAAACAACCGAAUGCACUACCGAUGAAACCCAUCAAGAAGGCCCAAUUGAACAUCCAACCUGUAGAAAAAGUGCACGUUGCUAACGACUUGACUAACGACGCCGACGAAAUCGAUCGCAGUAUCGUUGACAUUCUUCAACAAGAGAAUAUUCUGACGGCUGUACCACCGCAAUUACCCAAACGAAGAGCAGCAUCGCCGGAUAAAGAGCGCGUCAUCUCGAUUAAGCGUAUCUCGAGCUUUAAGAAUUCCAUUCAGCAUCAUCAUCAUCAUCAUCAUAAUAAUAAUAACGAGGAAGGUGUGCACGUGCAAAAGAAGCCAUCGAUUGUAAUGAACAGGAAGGGCGAGGUAGCGGCACUGAUGUUACGACCCCCUGACGAUGCAGUUACACUAAGAGGCGCCGUCGCGACUCUCGAGGCCACUUAUCAAGGACAGCCCGAACCCAUGGUCAAGUGGAUGCGUGCGGGUCGAGAAUUGGUAGCCGACCAUCGGAUCCAGAUCCACAGCGCAGAUGGUUUGUCCAGGCUGACUGUCGCGCAAGUAACGGCCGACGACGCUGGAAAGUAUGCAGUGUCGGUGGAGAACGCCCUCGGGAGCGAUUGUCGAUUCGCAAGCGUCGCCGUUGAAGGUCCACCAGAGCCACCGUGCGAUCCACCUUGUGUAAGUGCACUGCGUCACGGUGAUAUUGGAUUGAGCGUGACUUGGUGCUCGCCAGCCUACGACGGCGGUUGCGCUCUCACCGGUUACACAGUCGAGUGUCGGCGUGUUGGCGAGCUUUGUUGGCGCGUCGUCGCUGAGAAUUGCCACAGUCUCAGUCACGAGGCUACCGAUCUUCGUCCAGGCGCCACUUAUCGAUUUCGGGUUCGCGCGCUCAACGUUCACGGCCCUGGUGAACCAAGUCCCGAGUCGGCACCCUUCAAAUUGCCAUUCGUAGACAUGGACGACGCUGAGGAUAAGCUCAAGGUCGAAGAAGAUCAGGCCAACUUGGAGGAUGAAAACGACGAAGACUACUCAUCGGACAAGCCAGUAGUGACGGAAGAGGGUCACCUCUUCAAGGAACGUUACGCGCUACACGAGGAGUUGGGCAAAGGCCGCUAUGGUGUUGUGAGGCGUGUCGUCGAAAAGAAGUCAGCCAAGUCGUUCGCCGCGAAAUUUGUGCGAGCCGUAAAAACGUCCGAUCGCCAGCAAGUGCGAGAAGAGAUGAAAAUUAUGAACAUGCUGAGGCAUCCCAAGCUACUCCGCCUUGCCGCGGCCUUCGACAGUCCCAAAGAAAUUGUUAUGGUCACCGAAUACAUAUCCGGUGGAGAGCUCUUCGAGCGUGUGGUGGCCGACGAUUUCACGCUGACCGAGAAGGACAGCAUACUCUUUAUGAGACAAAUUUGCGAAGGCGUACGAUAUAUGCACGAGAACAACGUCGUUCAUUUAGACUUGAAGCCGGAGAACAUAAUGUGUCACACAAGGACGUCGCAUCGCAUCAAACUUAUUGACUUUGGCUUGGCUCAAAUAAUCAGUCCAAACAAACCUAUAAGAGUGCUGUUUGGAACACCCGAAUUUAUACCUCCGGAAAUCAUUAAUUACGAACCGAUAGGCACCGAGUCUGACAUGUGGAGUGUUGGUGUAAUUUGUUACGUUUUAUUAACUGGAUUAUCACCAUUCAUGGGUGACAAUGAUGCCGAAACUUUUGCCAAUAUCAUUCGCGCAGACUAUGAUUUCGAAGACGAGGCUUUCGAUGCUAUUUCCCCGGAUGCAAAGGACUUUAUCAGUAAUCUAUUACAAAAGAAAAAAGAAUUGAGAAUGUCUGCAAAACAAUGUCUUAGUCACUCUUGGUUGGCUCAACAUACGGAAAAUAUGAGCCAAGUCGCGCUACCCACGGACAAACUGAAAAAGUUCAUUGUUAGAAGAAAGUGGCAGAAAACAGGCAACGCCCUACGAGCUUUAGGCCGCAUGGCAAUGCUUUCAGCCAACAAACGCAGCCCUUCACUCUCACCCACUUCGACGCAGUCGCUCAGCGAGGUUACAAGGUCGGAAUCACUGGACUCAGAUGAUCACUUGGAGCACGAAGAUAUUAUUAAUAAAAUAGAAGAACAUUUAGUUUCUGUUGACGAAACUGCAAAAGAAGAGGACGAGUUGAAGGUUGAACUUGAAGAAAACGGUAAAGAUGAUUCAAAAGUAGAUAAUGAAGAAGUAGUUGAAGAUUUUACUAAUAUUGAGAAUAACGUUGAAGAUAAUGGUAAAGAAUUGAAUAAUGAUGAUGCUGUAUUUAGUAAAAAACAAAUUAAAGAAGAUAUUGAAAAAGAUGUUUGCGAGAUUUCACCUCAAGAUAGCAAAGAUGAUCAUGUAAAAUCGUCAAAGAAAUUAAGUAAAAUGUCUGACGAUUAUAAAAAUGAUAAAGAGGAAUGCAAAGUAAAUAAAGAAAAGAAAAAUGUUUUCAAUAUCAGUGAUGAAAUUGACGAGGAUAUUAAAAUUGACGGUAUAAAUGAUAAAGAUUUUGAUAUUGACAAACAAAAAACAGUUUCCGCAAACUUCGAAAUGAAAGCGUUUGAAGAUUCAAUAUCGAGCUCUCAAGUGAUAUCCACUGGAAAGCAAGAUUUUCACGCCGUAGCAAGUCAGGAACGCAAAGAGAGCGAAAAAUCAGUUGAAGAUAAUAAGUCUGAUGAUAUUUUUCAACUUGUAGAUAACAAUUGCUAUAAGAUAAUUCGUACGCACAAUAAUGUAUGCUCUGUGUCCGGAAAAGCUCAGGACAUAAAAGAGCAAUUGCUUAAGUCGCAAGGUGAGCAAUCAAGCGCGGAUUCUUUGUCAAUAGAAGAACGUAGUCAUAAAGAAUCUGUCAACAAUGGAAGAUCAGAAAUCAAAGGGUUGUACGACAAAGAGUCAAACAAGCCAACCAGUUUCAAGCCUAACAAGGAUCUUGUUUUUGAACGUGAUGCGAGUAGACGUAGUUUUCACAAAUUUAAAACACAGUUUGAAGCCACAACGACUGAGGACUCAAGGCUAGAUAAAUCUCCAAGAGGCCAGAAGUUCAUGCCCACAGGCAACGUCAGUCGCACAGCCAAGAUGUUCGAAAAGCUGGACACCGGCAACGGCAGUGUCGGCAACGGUUCGAACGCGAAAGCUCCCGGGGGAAAGCCGCGCAGCGAGCGCAUCCAAAAAGCCUUUGCCUUCUGGAACAAAUAAGCCUUCCAAGCCGAGCGCUUCGAAUUUUCUCAUUCGUUUCGCAGAUCGCACCGAGUGCAGGCACGCUUAUGGAUUAGGCGGCCGAUCGAGGAUUUCAAUUCAAUGACGAAAAUGUGCACACAUAGACCGAGAUUUAUUCUUACGUAACGUUCGAGAGGAAAGGUAUUUCUUUUUCCCUUUAGCUUAUUAUCAUUCUUUUUCUUUCAUUCAUUUUUUAAAAUUAGCUGAUUGACACGGCAAGUACUUUCUUUUUUAAUGCUCGUCGUGUUAAACGCGCGAGCGUAUCGUCGACGUACGACACGAUAAUUUUAUUGUUUCAAAUCACGAUAUUACGAGUCGAUUGUUGAAAUUGUUCUCUUGAGUACUAAAUAAUGUAUAAUAUAGACUAUAUUUUAUCCGAAUAAAGAGUUAUCUGUA